UUGCUCUCACCCCUUUUUCUUCAUUCCCUCCUUCAUGACUGUUCUUUCCUUCUCUUUUUUGUUUUUUAAUUUUUUCAACCUUAGCUUCUAAGUCUGCUCUCCUCCUUCUCCAAUCUCUCCCUCAAAUAUUCUCUCUCCUUUCUUUGCAUUCUUUCCCUUCCCUUCUUCAAUGGCAAGUGCAAAUGCAAUCCACACCAAACACCAAAAACUAGCACCAGAAAAAAACCAAGAUGACCCCAACAACAAGUUCUAUUACCAUUUUCUCUACAAAGCAGCCUUAGUUGCAAUCUUCUUCGUUAUCCUUCCUAUGUUUCCUUCACAAGCUCCUGACUUCAUCAACCAAUCUCUGGUAACAAGAAACUGGGAACUCCUUCACAUACUGCUUGUUGGUAUUGCAAUCUCUUAUGGCCUCUUCAGCCGUAAAAAUGAUGAGAAGGUGGAGAAAGAGAACAAUGGAACCAAGUUUGAUAACGCGCAGACGCUUGUUUCGAGGUUCCUUCAGGUGUCUUCGUUUUUCGAGGACGAAGCUGAAAUAACCCCUUCUUCUUCUUCUUCUGAUGAAAGCGCCACCACCGCCACCACCACUACCAGCAGCAACAAAGUGCAAACUUGGAACAAUCAACACUACAGGAAGGAGCCUGUGGUGGUUGUGGCAAAUCAGCAACAACCAGCACAACAUCGCUCUAAUUUCGAAAACAAGGGUGGUGGUGGUGGUAGUGGCAGUGGCAGCUUCGCAGGUGGUGAAGGCUCGAGAAUUAUUGGUGAGAAGCCUCUGCUUUUGCCGGUUCGAAGCUUGAAGUCUCGUUUAUGUGAUGAUCCACAUGUUGAUGAUGCUGAGGAAAUUGCUAAACCUGUUAAUGGAACAACAACAAGCUCUGUGUCUCUUAAUAGAUCAAAUUCUAAUAACAGAUUCUCACCAAGUAAUUCAAUGAAGACUAGAAAUGGUGAACUUGAAGGUCCCGGUAGUCCAAGAAUUGUGGAAAACAUGAAGGACAGUAAUGUUGUGCUUCCAUCUCCAAUUCCAUGGAGAUCAAGGUCAGGGAAAGGAAUUGAAAUCCCAACAGCUCAGUAUCCUUCAAUGGAGGAAUCUGAGUUCAACAAGGUGGAAUCAAAAUCAGUGAUGAGGUCCCAAACUUAUUCGCGUUCAUCAAGAACAAGUCCCGUUUCAUCUGCAGAGUCAGUUGCAAAGAACUCUGAGAAGGUGAUGAGGAAGGUCGUGUUCUGCAAGUCUUGUCCUCCUCCGCCGCCUCCACCGCCGCCCAUAUUCCAGAAAUCAGUCUCUAUGAAACCAUUCAGGUACGGUUCUUCAUUCAAUGGAAGUGGUAGUUCCUUUAAUAAGGAAUUGAAGAGGAGCUUCACAAGUGAAGGGAGAAGAACUUUUAUUGCUGAUAAUAAUAAUAAUAAUAAAAAUAAAAUCAAGAACAUGGGUUCUUUCUCAAAGAGCAAAGAGGUCAAAGAACAAAUUGACGAUCAAGAACUAAGAAGAAAGAAUAACAAAACAGGUAUGGGAUAUGAAGAUAAAAUGUCUUUUAGAACUGACAAAUUCAUGCCAGAGGCAAAAGCUCCAACAAUGGAAUUAGCAGAGGAAGAAGAAGAGGAGAAAGAAGAAAGCUUCCUAGACAAGGGGAUGAUGGAAAAUUAUCAUUAUGAUGACGAGGACGAUGACGAUGAUGAGUCCUCAGAAUAUGAAGAUGAAGAUGUUGCUAGAGAAGCAAGGAUGAUGCAGAAAGAGAAAGUGGAAAAUCUACUACCACAUGUUGAAGAAGCUUCAAAGACUGAAGAAGAGGAAGAAGAAGAAAGUGCAGCACCUUCUUCUGACGUGGAUAAGAAAGCUGAUGAGUUCAUAGCCAAGUUUAGGGAGCAAAUAAGGCUUCAGAGAAUCGAGUCCAUCAAGAGGAGUACAAGGACUACUAGGAAAUCUUCAAGGUAA